GGAUAUCUCGUUGCUGCAUGCGCCAAACACUGCUCAUACAUGACUCCUUGAAACGACGACUGAUCCACUGAAUCAUCUCGGCGUCCUCCGUACUGAGGUCGCGUUGGUAUUGUCAUAAUUAUCUGCAGCUUAACAUUCAGUAUCAGCAAGGCGUUUAGUGUCGUCAGCAGAGCUCAUAUGCUCUUGUUCACUAAGCUUGACAGACGAAUAAGGAUCGUCCAAGAUAUUCCCUCGUUGUACGUCAGCAAAGUAAAACAGAUUAUUGAUAUAGUUUAUAUCAGAAAUAAUCACCCCAUCACUAUUUUCAAGACAAUGAGCCUUUGUGUGCUUGACGUUAAAACACAGUCAGCUAGCAGUCCACCAAAAUUCGAAGCCAACGGCAAUGCUAGAGCGCUCAUUUGGUAGCAAUUUCGUAAUGUAUCUACUGAAAAAGAAAAGCGAAAAAUACACCCUUUCAAGCAAAUCUGGUUCAUGGCUCGCCGCCAAAAGAGGUACACAAGAGAAUGUUUGACUUGCAGUUGAUCUUGCACAAUUUAAUGGUGCGGGUGCAAACGACUACACAAGUCAAGUUUUGUCUUACUUGUCGCAAUUUUUCGAGUGUCUAUUCGCUCGACGGCAAACCUAGUGUUGAGAUUAGUAAAGCACAGUUUCUUACUACAAGAUUGAUGCUUUUACAAAAAACCAGGACUUAAGAAGUGAAAGAUGAAUGCAGAUG